GUUAUUUACAUUGACACCGCAAAAUGGCAGCCUACGGUAAAAUCCGACACGUCAAGCUGAAAAAAAUUCAAUUUGAUCUUUAAUUAGAUGAUCCUUUUAUCAUUUUUGAAACGACAUUUGCUCCGCAAAAUGUUGCACAAAUCGCAAUCAUAUUCUGCUCCCAGGAACUCUACGCAGAACCAAUUUACUGUCAAUGAUUGGAUGGCUGCAAUUCGAUCCCCCACCCAGUAUCGGGUCGGGAAUGCCAGAUUACAAAUGAAACCACGAUUUAUGGCUUAUGCUUUAGUACUUUUUAUAGCUGUUGUUAUACUUUUAAUAUAUUUCAUUCCUUCUUCGAAAAAGGGCAGAUUUGGUUUGAAUUGUGAUUCACAAAUUAUGUCCUCGGAGUCUGAUCAUACCAUAUAUGACUACAGUUAUCCACUAACACCCCCCGUCAAAACACACUCAGGAACACAGUACAGAAUUGCAAUUGUUACAGAUUUGGACACGGACUCUAAACAUCCAGAUAAGUCAAACACAUGGAUUAGCUACUUGAAGUAUGGAAACUUGACAAUAUCGGACGAUAACACAAAAAUUGCAGUACAAUUUGAUAAAACAGUCACAUUGACUUCGAAAGUGUCAGAAGGCGGAAGAGGAAUGGAGUUAUCUGAGCUUAUUGUAUUUAAUGGAAAACUGUACACAGUGGAUGACAGAACAGGGAUAAUAUAUGAAAUAGAUGACAACAAAGUUAUACCGAGAUACAUCUUGACAGAUGGCGAUGGCAGUGCAGCAAAAGGAUUCAAGUGUGAAUGGGCAACUGUUAAGGACAACAGGCUAUAUGUUGGAGGUCUAGGGAAGGAGUGGACAACAGGUGAUGGAGAGGUAGUCAACACAAAUCCACAGUGGGUGAAAUCCAUUGGCGUUAUGGGCGACAUCCAGCAUCAUGACUGGAAGGACAACUACAAUGCUCUGCGGGAAAAGAUGGGAAUGAAUCUCCCUGGCUAUAUGAUUCACGAGUCGGCCGUGUGGAGCUCUGUCCAUCAGAGGUGGUUCUUCAUGCCUCGCAGGGCAAGCAGACUCCGUUAUGAUGAAAACGCUGAUGAAAAGAGGGCAACCAAUCUCAUGUUCACUGCAACUGAAGACUUUAAGAAUAUAGAAGUCUCAGCUGUGGGUAAAUUAAACCCAACUCACGGAUUCUCAUCUUUUAAAUUUGUGCCUGGAACCAACCACAAUGUGAUAGUGGCCUUGAAAUCAGAAGAAGAUGGUGCAAAUAAGGCAACUUACAUCAUGGUUUUUGACGUUGAGGGAAACAUUUUAUAUGAGGAAAUGAAAAUAGGAGAUGCAAAAUUUGAAGGCAUUGAAUUUGUAUGACAUAUAUCCUACUUUCUUUAGGCCACAACAAAUUGAUCAUUUGUUCGUCGGAUUUGCCGCACCUAAAAUUCGAAAAACUAAAAAAAAACUAAAAAACUUAUUUUGCGCCCGCACAUACUAUUUGGCCGCGCAUAUUUAUUGUUGACUUCUAAAUUUUCUCUAUUUUCUGAAAUUCUUUUACUUAGAAUUUAAACCUGCAACGUCGACCUCGCCUUUUUGAAGGUAAUUCCAUGCUUUACAUUCUUCGCGAGCAAACUUUCCUCGUGUCAGGACAAAAUAAGGUCCGGGUAACCGCAACAUAGCCGAUAUUUGUUGACAGUCUUUUUUGUCGGGAAUAUUUUGCAGGACGCGCCGUUGUUAUUCAUUUCCGGUAUUAAGUUUCAUGUUACUUUCAGUAUUUGUAAUGUAAAAUACACGUUUUAAGUGAAAAUUAGUGUCAUAGUCAAUGGAUUAUAGUCUUCAGUAAACAACAAGAGUUUCACAGCGUCGAAAGCAAUAAUUAUUUAUGUGUGUUUUAAGUCAUUUAUUGUUUUGUACUCAAAAUUUAGUGUUAAAUAAUAACUAGAUCGGAUUUUGAGUGCAAAACUUAUAUUAAAAUACACGAACACACGACUUACGGUACAACCAGUGAACAUGUUUUCGUGAGUUAUUUUUUUAAAUUCUUAAAUGUCUCAGUUUUCAUAUAAUCAUAAUUGUUUAAAACAGAUAAAAAUAGUAGGACUUGUAAAUGUUUUAGAAACAAUCUGUAUUUAUACACCAGUCAAUUGUAACCACGCCCCCCCCCCCUCCCCUCAGGUCCGAGGAUAGCCGGGUAAAUGAACCGUGUUUUAACCUUCCAGGUGGCCCCGCAGUGCCGGGUGAAUGCGGUGGAUUUGCCCGGCGGGGUUGGCUGGACCGAAAGUCCCCGCUAUUCCCCAGACCUGGAGGGGGGGGGGGGGGGGGGGCUGGUGGUUACAAUUGACUAUUGCAUAACACAUACAGUUUGAAAAUAACAUCAGUUAAAUCAGAAAAUAAAACCUUUUAUAAGUAAAAUGACUGUUUUAAUUUUCUCAAUUCUUUGUGCUUAUCUAAAUUUUUCUUUGACCAAGUUGUAGUAAAGUGGCCUGUUUCUUACGGUCAUUGAAGCUAUGGGGCCAUCAUGUUAUUCUUUUUAAGGCACGGACCUAUACAGCAUAGGUUCUUGGUCAAGGCGAGGUCUUGAAAGGGAAACACCACCUGCUUUAAAAUAAUAACCGGUGCCACAUUUGCAGAAUUGUUUGAUCCUGCUUCAAGUAUGUUGUCCCGCAAUUCAAUCCACAGUGUUUCUUUUUUUAGAAAUGUUCUCUGUGUUAUUUACUUUUUCAAUCUUCUGCAGUGUCAAUGUCACUACAAUUUUAUCAUGUGCUUCAAGAGGUUCAUAUUUAGACCUGACCCAAUAUUUGGAAAUGCUCAAAUGAUGAAUUACUCUUACUAGUCUAAAAUGUUUUUUGUGAUAGUAAGUUACGGAAUGAAUACAAUAGUUUUCUUUUUGGUCCUCGAAUAAUUGCACGAUACUAUGAGGAAUGUUGUCUUUACAAUAUAUCCACGUUUAAAUUUAAGUUAAUAGUAAAGCACUGGAUCUCAUUGCCAUUUGUUGAGACAGAUUUUCAUGUGAUACAAUCAAAACCUUUUCAUUUAUAACUGAGAACCUUUGUUUGUAAUUGAAAAGCAUUUCUUGACAUAAUUUUAUGAUAAAUUUGGUAAGUAAUAAACUUUUUUAUUUAUUUUUUAAUUUUUCGCUCUUCGCUCGCCUCUGAUUUGCCUUAAAUUUAAAAAAAAGUAUUUUUUUUUUUUUUCGCUCGCUCGCUCUUACUUUUUUUUGGCAAAAUCCGUAGAACAAAUGAUCAAUUUGUUGUGGCCUUAUAUAUUUAUUAUUAUCAUUCAUAUUUAAGUUAAACUUAUAGUAAUAGUAAUUCAAUCAUAUUGACGGUCAAAAUUACUUUUAAAGUUAUAUAUACAUAUCAUACAUUUCCAUGGCCAAAAGACAUGAAUGGAAUUGAAUGAUUGAUUGUUGUUAUGAUUAGGUUUUCCUACAGUAUCUUUUAUUUAUUCAAUGCUUUCAUUUUGUUUCAAAUUUUCAGAAUGUUCCAAUAUUAUAACUUAGUAAAUGGAAUUUGUGUUGAAUUUAAUAGCUGCAUGCUGUGGAAAGCUUGAAUAUGAAUACAAAGACACAUAACCAUAAUGAAUUAUGUAUCUUUAUAACACUAAUGUUCAUGAAAUUUCAUUGCUGUAUAUAUUAUGAAAUUUGAAAAAUUGACAAUUGCUCUGUAAAAAAACAGAUGUCUCUUGUUUAAUGUGUAGCAUCUCAUGUACAUGUAGUUAUGACCCAUAAGCCAUGUUCAUAUUGUAUGAACAGUGUAUUAACUGUCUGUGAUAUUAUUGAUAAUCCUAAACCAGUUUUGUCUUUUUUUUCUACAAGUACAUGUUUACCUGAAGUAUCUGUAUGGCUAAUGUUAAAGCUUCUGUUUCUGUUUUGAAGUAAAUGGUUUGUAAAUUUAUACAAUGGAGCUGAAUGUUGGCAAUGUAAAAAUGAACCAAAUCAUCUGCAUUUUGUGUUAAUAUAUUUGAAAUGAUAGUAACAAAUUGGCUUGAAAUAAAAAGUCAGUAAUUGGGGAUUACAAAUUAUAUUGUUUGGUUAAUACUUGCUUCAAUAUAUAUAAAUGAUUGCUCAAUGAUCUCUAUGUUGUGUUUUGUUGCUUGUCAUAACUUGAAUGGUGCGCUGUGAAAAAGCCUACCUGUACACUAUUGGGUAACUUCCUGAAGUACAUUAUUUAACAAAUACAUUUUGAGUUUUCA